GGGAGAGUCGACACUUGUUGGCGCAACGUGCACUCGUCCGCACUGCCACAGCAAACCAGCAUGGCGACGCGGAGGGCCACACUCUCAGCCAUCUCACCCCUCACUCAUUCCGCAGCGAAACAAGGAUCUAAAUCACUUUCCGCUUACUUCAAACUUGCAAAAACAAAACAUUGUACACCAAACUUCGUUACGUAAUUUUAAGUAUUGAAAUUUUCAAAUAUAGAAAUGUUUAGUUCUUUUAAUUUGGGUAAAAUAGGGCCACUAGUCCAGUGCAGAUUUGCAUCUCACGCUGUCAUGAAAAGUAAACCAGUGAUUCCAAAACCACCGAAGCAACCCCCAAAGAAAUACGAUAUUGAGUGGAACCCUCAACCCGGCGGAUUACAGGGAUGGACUGAUUGGAGGAUGAAAAAGAAUUACAGAAACAGACAAAUAUGUGUGGAGUGGGGUUUGGAGCACACGUUGUUAAAGGCCAUGAAAAACCAAGUCAUUUUACCAAGAGAAAUUCAAGAACUAGCGAUGGAAGAUUUUCACGCGAUGCCAAUCCAUGCUGCCUAUUUAACACUUCACGAACGUUGUGCCAUUUCGUCGAGAGGAACAGGAGUUGUUCGUAACUGGAGAAUAAGUCGAUUCUUCUUCAGACACUUAUCGGAUUAUAACAAAAUGUCUGGAGUCAGACGGGGAAUUUGGUAGAGUAGAAGAGUGAUGUAGUCUAUAAGUUAUCAAAUUGUUCGCUAAAUAAUUGAAAUACGUGCGUAAAUAACCAUUAAUGAAUAAACCAUUAGUUUUUGUUAAUCCCCAACUG